ACAAAGUCCUCCUCUCUUUGCUCCCUCCCACUUCAUUCACUUGCAAAUCAGUGUGUGCCCACAAGAGCCAGCUCUCCGGAGCCCGUAACCUUCGCAUCCCGAGAGCUGCAGUUUCGGCCGCGACAGCGAGAACUGCAAAGCCAGCGACCGCGGCGGCGGCGGCGGAGGCAGGAGGAGGCUGGGCGGGUCGCAGGGUCUCCGCGGACGCAGGAGGCGAACAGAGAUAUCCUCUGAGAGCCAAGCAAAGAACAUUAAGGAAGGAAGGAGGAAUGAGGCUGGAUACAGUGCAGUGAAAAAGGCAGUUCCCAGAGAGGGGCACUCACGACCCAGAGACUCGACGGUGCUAUCAGCAUGAGAACUUACCGCUACUUCUUGCUGCUCUUUUGGGUGGGUCAGCCCUACCCAACUCUCUCAGCUCCACUAUCUAAGAGGACUAGUGGUUUCCCAGCAAAGAAAAGGGCCCUGGAGCUCUCUGGAAACAGCAAAAAUGAGCUGAACCGUUCAAAAAGGAGCUGGAUGUGGAAUCAGUUCUUUCUCCUGGAGGAAUACACAGGAUCCGAUUAUCAGUAUGUGGGCAAGUUACAUUCAGACCAGGAUAGAGGAGAUGGAUCACUUAAAUAUAUCCUUUCAGGAGAUGGAGCAGGAGAUCUCUUCAUUAUUAAUGAAAACACAGGCGACAUACAGGCCACCAAGAGGCUGGACAGGGAAGAAAAGCCCGUUUACAUCCUUCGAGCUCAAGCUAUAAACAGAAGGACAGGGAGACCCGUGGAGCCCGAGUCUGAAUUCAUCAUCAAGAUCCAUGACAUCAACGACAAUGAGCCGAUAUUCACCAAGGACGUUUACACAGCCACCGUCCCCGAAAUGUCUGAUGUCGGUACAUUUGUUGUCCAAGUCACCGCAACGGAUGCAGAUGAUCCAACAUAUGGGAACAGUGCUAAAGUUGUCUACAGUAUUCUACAGGGACAGCCCUAUUUUUCAGUUGAAUCAGAAACAGGUAUCAUCAAGACAGCUUUGCUCAACAUGGAUCGAGAAAACAGGGAGCAGUAUCAAGUGGUGAUUCAAGCCAAGGAUAUGGGCGGCCAGAUGGGAGGCCUAUCUGGGACCACUACAGUCAAUAUCACGCUGACUGAUGUCAACGACAACCCUCCCCGAUUCCCGCAGAGUACAUACCAGUUUAAAACUCCUGAAUCUUCUCCACCGGGUACACCAAUUGGCAGGAUCAAAGCCAGCGAUGCUGAUGUGGGAGAAAAUGCUGAAAUUGAGUACAGCAUCACAGAUGGCGAAGGGCUGGAUAUGUUUGAUGUCAUCACUGACCAGGAAACCCAGGAAGGGAUUAUAACUGUCAAAAAGCUCUUGGACUUUGAAAAGAAGAAAGUGUAUACCCUUAAAGUGGAAGCCUCCAAUCCUCAUGUUGAGCCACGAUUUCUCUACCUGGGGCCUUUCAAAGAUUCAGCCACGGUUAGAAUUGUGGUGGAGGAUGUAGAUGAGCCUCCCGUCUUCAGCAAACUAGCCUACAUCUUACAAAUAAGAGAAGAUGCUCAGAUCAACACCACAAUAGGCUCCGUCACAGCCCAAGAUCCAGACGCUGUCAGGAAUCCUAUCAAGUACUCUGUUGAUCGACACACAGAUAUGGACAGAAUAUUCAACAUAGAUUCUGGAAAUGGUUCCAUUUUUACAUCGAAACUUCUUGACCGCGAAACACUGCUAUGGCACAACAUUACAGUGAUAGCAACAGAGAUCAAUAAUCCAAAGCAAAGUAGCCGAGUACCUCUAUAUAUUAAAGUUCUAGAUGUCAAUGACAACGCCCCAGAAUUUGCAGAGUUCUAUGAAACUUUUGUCUGUGAAAAAGCAAAGGCAGAUCAGUUGAUUCAGACCCUACAUGCUGUUGACAAGGAUGACCCUUAUAGUGGACACCAAUUUUCAUUUUCUUUGGCCCCUGAAGCAGCCAGUGGCUCAAACUUUACCAUUCAAGACAACAAAGACAACACGGCGGGAAUCUUAACUCGGAAAAAUGGCUAUAAUAGACACGAGAUGAGCACCUAUCUCUUGCCUGUGGUCAUUUCAGACAACGACUACCCAGUUCAAAGCAGCACUGGGACAGUGACUGUCCGGGUCUGUGCAUGUGACCACCACGGGAACAUGCAGUCCUGCCAUGCGGAGGCGCUCAUCCACCCCACGGGACUGAGCACGGGGGCUCUGGUUGCCAUCCUUCUGUGCAUCGUGAUCCUACUAGUGACAGUGGUGCUGUUCGCAGCGCUGAGGCGGCAGCGAAAAAAAGAGCCUUUGAUCAUUUCCAAAGAGGACAUCAGAGAUAACAUUGUCAGUUACAACGACGAAGGUGGUGGGGAGGAGGACACCCAGGCUUUUGAUAUCGGCACCCUGAGGAAUCCUGAAGCCAUAGAGGACAACAAAUUACGAAGGGACAUUGUGCCCGAAGCCCUUUUUCUACCCCGACGGACUCCAACAGCUCGAGACAACACCGAUGUCAGAGAUUUCAUUAACCAAAGGUUAAAGGAAAAUGACACGGACCCCACUGCCCCGCCAUACGACUCCUUGGCCACUUACGCCUACGAAGGCACUGGCUCCGUGGCGGAUUCCCUGAGCUCGCUGGAGUCAGUGACCACGGAUGGAGAUCAAGACUAUGAUUACCUUAGUGACUGGGGACCUCGAUUCAAAAAGCUUGCAGAUAUGUACGGAGGAGUGGACAGUGACAAAGACUCCUAAUCUGUUGCCUUUUUCAUUUUCCAAUACGACGCUGAAAUAUGUGAAGUGGCUAUUUCUUUAUAUUUAUCCACUACUCCGUGAAGGGUUCUCUGUUCUACCCGUUUUAAAAGCCAAUGGCUGCCCUCUGUGUGGAUCCAAUGGUAGAGACUUUUUUCUACUACACUUUUAUGAGCUUCCAAGGGGCAAAUUUUUAUUUUUUAGUGCAUCCAGUUUACCAAGUCAUCCCAACAGGCACGGGCCAGAGGGGAGGACAGGGAACAAUGUUUCCAUUUGUUCUCAGAGCAACGUGCUCACUUCUGCUGGCCUGGUGAUUUACUACACGCCGUGUCAGGCCUGCCUACUGCCCUAACUACACAUUUCACAGGCUAAUGGGAUAAGCGACUGCGCUUUAAAGAUAAAAAUAUCAUAGUGAAAGAAAUGAGGGCAUAUCAGCUCACAAGGAGAUAAACUACAUGGGGGGGUUUAUUUCUGUCGCAAAGAAUUUAAAAUAACACUUGCCCAUCCUUAUUGUUCUUCAAGAACUUUCUCUGGCAUCAACCACUAUUCAAAACCUCAAAUCCACCCAUAUGUUAAAAUUCUCAUUACCCUUAAGGAAUAGAAGCAAAUUAAACGGUAACAUCCAAAAACAACCACAAACUUAGUAUGACUUCAUUCCUUCCACUAACUCAUAAUUGGUUAUAUCCUAGACUAGACAUGCGAAAGUUUGCCUUUGUACCAUAUAAAGGGGGCGGGGAAAUAGCUAAUAAUGUUAACAAAGGAAAUAUAUUUUAGCAUACGUUAAAAGCUUUGGCCACCACAUGUAUCACGGGUCCCUUGAAAUUCUUUCAACUAUCAGUAGGCUAAUGUCAAAAUUGUUUAAAAAUUCUUGAAGAAUUUUCCUGAGAUAAAUUUUAACUCCUUGUCUAUAGUUGUCAGUAUUAUUCUACUAUACUGUAUAUGAAAGUAGCAGUGUGAAGUACAAUAAUUCAUAUUCUUCAUAUCCUUCUUACACAACUAAGUUGAAUUAGUAAAGUUAGAUUAAAUAAAACUUGAAUCUCACUCUACGAGUUCACUGGGGAGGUUAGAGCUACACUUGAACCUAAUACCCUGCCCUUGACAUCUGGAAACGUCUACCUAUUUAUAUAAUGUGAUACAUUUGGAUAAACAACGUUGAGAUUAUGAUGAAAACUUACAUAUUCCAUGUUUGGAAGACCCUUACAAAGGGAAAAUUGGAUUCCUUUAAACAAAAAUGUAAUUAAAACGAUAUAGUUGAUUUUCAAAAGCAUUAAUUUUUUUUUCAUUGUUUUUAACUUUGCUUUCAUGAUCACCCUGCCAUCCUUGACUUUGAACUAAUGAUAAAGUAAUGGUCUCAAACUAUGACAGAAAAGUAAUGCAAAAUCCAUUCAAUCUAUUAUUUCUCUAAUUAUGCAAUUAGCCUCAUAGUUAUUAUCCAGAGGACUCAAUUGAACUGAACUAAUCCUUCUGGCAAAUUCAAAUCAUUUCUUUCACACGGUUGUUCUAAUGACUUUUAUCAUUAGAAUCUUACCUUGUGUAGUCAUCAGAAAUUUCCAACGUACUGUAAUGAAAACAAACAUCCUUUUUGAAAACCUAAAAGACAGGCUCUGUAUAUAUAUAGACUUAAGAAUAUGCUGAGUUCACUUAUUAGUCUUAAGGAUUUAUUUUCAAUUAAUAUUAAUUUUCUAUGAAUAAUUUUAGUGUCAUUUCCAUUUGGGGAUAUUGACAUAUCAGUACAUAUUUUCUGUUUGGAAACAUGCUGUUGUUUAGUUAUGUUUUAAAUAGGCGUAUUACCCAAGAAGUUAAGAUGGAAAUUUUAAAAGAAGAGAAGUGUAGUAUUUUGGGUUACCUGAUUCGAGUGAAAAUUUUUACAAUCAUAUUAUUCCUGUGUCUUCUGAAUGGUUUCCAAUUUUAUAAUGGACUGUCCUAUAUAUUAACAAGUAUUUCAUGCUUGAGGUGUUUCUUGCUUUCAGGGUUUUCUUUUCUCUAAUUCUUCAUACACACACACACACACACCACACACACACACACACACACAGAGGAAUGCAACAAAGGGCUAUAUGAAGUCUUCGCUCCAAUUAAUUGAUAUGUAUCAUAGUCACAGGUAAGUGUUGAAAAAAGCUUAGUAAAGUUAAUUAAUAAAAACUAGUUAUUCAUAGCAAUACAACAGCACCUUAAUCACACAAUUUACUAUAAAAUUAAAGAGGUCUCUAUUCUUAUGUUUUAUGUCAUGUAACAAAUUGAAUCAAGAAAGAUAGUCCUGUAAAAAGAAAGGUAUCAUCUGAAGUUGAGGAUUGACGCUAGCAAUUUCCAAUGUUUAAAGGAAAGAUCUGCGUUCUCCUAAUAAGUGAAAGUAAGUUCUAUGGCAGAAUAUCUGAGAUGUAAUUGGCAAGGUCCUUUAUCCCUCCCUAAAGAUGAUACAGCAUACCAAGAACAGGUUAAUAUGACUACUUAUGGAAAUAACAUUAAUCUCUUAUCACAAAAGCUGAUGAUGAAGUAAAUUUAUAGGAAACUGGAUAAUUUGAGACUGGGGCUGAAUAUUUAGUACCACGGUACUGUAAGUAUCAAGUUGGAGUGGCAUUUUCCUAUAAUUCAGACUCUUUGACAUCGUGGAACCAAUAGGAGACAUAGUUCCAUCACUCUCCAGCUUCCUGUCACUUCCUUCCCUCCCCAAGUAUCAGGUCAAACAUCAUUGCAUGUACAGAUUUUGUUUUGUUUUGUUUUUAAUUGCUAGGUCCCAGGCAACAUGAAAGAUUACUGGAGAAAAAAAUAAUUUUCAGCUCAGUUUUUUCAUUGUCUGUGUCCUAAUUUUAGAUGUUGGUGAUAGGAAAGAUGGAAGGAGAGUGGGAAGAAGUAAAAUUUUAAUAUUGGUUUCGAUCACUGAGAAACUAAAAUCCAUUAAACAUAACCAGAUUGCUUUUGUGGGUUGUUUCAAGGACAUUGAGAUCUUUCUGAUGAUAUGUUUUUGCCCUCUAUUCAAAAAGAAGAGUUCCUUUAAACUACUAAGAUGUUCCCCAGAAUAUGCUGAAUUUUAAAAAACAUUAAGCGAUUGUUUAAAGCCCCUUCACUUCCUGGCCACUUUCUGCUGAAAGGUCUAAAAAACACAUGUGCCAAAAUAAGUAAAUAAAUCAAACGGGAAAGAAGCAAAGAUGAUUCCAUAGAACCAUAAGAGAGGAAAUCUGGGUGCAGUAAAUAAAUAGAUGUUCUUUCCAGAACUUUCCUGCCUUUACAGUUUGGGUACAUAAAGGGAUGUUCAGCAACGAAGUUACUCCCUUUUCAGAUGGAACAAAACCUGCCCAUUUAAUUUUAACUCAGUAUUUUAAAAAAAAGUGUGGUUUAGUUUUUAUUUUCAGUUCCCAAAAAGUUGGGCAAAAAGUUCUUAAAAAUGGAAUCUGUAUCUUAGAAGCAUCCAAAUUUUAUGAAUCCAAAUUAACUUUAGAAUGUUUCCAUUACUUUCACUUUUACAUACAUAAAUUUUCAAUGUCCUGAUCGGCUGAACAAUAUCUCACAUCAAAUGCUUUGCCUGGAAAUAGAUCUUCCAUCAGGGAUAAUGGUGUGUAAACUAUGAGUUGGACAAUUCUGUAUACUCAAGCACCAUUAAAAGCAUGCAGUUGAAAAGAAAGAUCAAAGAUGAUUACUGUGCACAAACUAAAUAUUUAAACCACAUACUCAUUCUUAUCAGCUAAAUUCAUUUUCACCAGGAGCAGACCACCAAAUAAAUUAUUUUAUUCUAAUCACUAGUUUUGAAGCAGUAUAAUUACUCUGGAAGAAGACUCUAAAAAGUCAUGAUUCCCCACUAUUUUGAAAUGUAUCCUCUAACAAGGAUCAUUUUAGUGUAAUCUUAAUUCUUAUAUUUUAUCAAGAUGAAAUAUUUUUUGAAUUGUGACAUUAUAAAAGGGGACUCAAAAUCCAAGCAGUCUGUGUUUAAAUUAACACUACAACCUUCCUUAUCAGAUUCUAAGAGUAGAAAAACUAACACUUGGUAUGUGAAUCUUCAGGAAAAUGAGCUGUUUCCUAAGCUCAAAUAAGCAGCUUCCUUUUCCAGAGAAUAUAGAAUUAUACUGUGGUCUCCUUAAAUGUUCAGUAGCUCUUACGGUCACAGCAUUUUUAAUCUCCCUGUGGCAUCUUUAUGGAAUAAUUUUCUUAAGGGAUAAUUCUCUACUAAAAAUAUCAGACCCCAACCAUAUUUAAUGUGGAGAGCAAUACCCUCUUAGAAAAUACAUUGACUCAUACACUUGUUAAAAGUUAAUAAAGAAAUAGCUCAUUUUUAAAGCCAGAAGUUUAUGGUCUCUGCAUCAUCAAUUUAAUUUAAGCAUUGCUGAGACAAUCUUUAAUCUACUCCCCAUUUUGUAAUACCUUAUUUAUGGUGCAUUUUCAUCUUUAUUUGGGGGAAACGUUAGCCCAGCAGAGCCGGCAAAUGAAAGUGUUGAAAAGAGGUCAAAUGGAAACAAAGGCUCUUGCCCGCUGCAUUUCAGACAGGACUGAGGCACUUAGCUGAGGAGCCACUGGGUUAUUAGAUUAAUUUCAAAAGAGCUUUACAAGUUGCUUAAUUCCAUUUUUUUUUUUCAAAAACCCAUGAACCACAAACUCAAAUUUCUCCUCAAAUGGGGUUAAUUUGACAAAUGAGGCAUGGAUCCAGCCUUGUGGAAAAAGCAUUCCACUCUAAUGAGGUCUUGGUCUUUCUUGUGAGGCGAUGCUAUUUAUGUAAAUAUGUCUGGAGCCACCUUCUCUAAGCUUUUAGUUUUCUAUGAUCUGUUAGUUUAGUGUUUAUUAAAGAAUCAAAUGUAUAGAAUUACUAGGCAUUCGGGGAGAAUACUGUGUAGCAAAUGUAAAACUGAUCCGCUCAGAAGAAACGUAGGAAUGCUUCAAACCCACUGUACUGUUUUGUUUGAGAUUAUUUUUCAUUGCUUUCAGAGUGAACUGCAUAGGAAUCGGCCUUAUAAUAAAUGCUAUGUGCGUCUUCAGUAGUACCAAGCUAAGGCAAUUUGGCAUUCUCCCACUGUGAUUUGUGAUUUUCAAACCCAGAAAAUAAAAGCUUUUUGGUAUUGAUUGUUUUUAAUUAAAACCACUUGCAAGUAUAAACUGAAAUUGAUGCCACCCUUGAAGACUGACUGGCGGGCGUGCUCAGUUCUUGUUUUCCUCAGUAUCAUUCAUGUCUUCGGCAACAAAAACACCUGAUGAAAGCAAGCCCUGCUCAGCUUCCGUUGACAUUUCUAGGUAGGAAGAUCUUCAUAACCUCGAAGUUUACCUAAGAAAGUUUUCUGUGUUAGAAGAAUGGGGUUGAGAGUAUUCACUUUGAGCUCAGUGUGGCCGGGCCUUUUGUGGCAGUCAAAUGGCAAAUACGCACUCCUUGAAAUGGCUUCUUUUAUUUUGUUUUGUUUUCUUAGACUUAUAAAUUUGAAAAGAAUGCAAUUUAAAAAGUGAUUUCUCACAAAGAGUAAAUAUGCCUUUUGCAAAUCAAUUUUUGUAACAAGUUAUUUAUAUGAUAUUACUUAAUAAACUGCCUUUUUUCUAA